CCAUUGCAUAAUACACAUUCACUCAUCUCUCGAACCAUAAAAUUCGCUUCCCUUAGCCCUGCGUCCUCGCUGUCGCCGCUCCUCCACCAUCACGCCUCUCAUCCUCAGUUACGCCGCUGUUGAUCCUCCACAAUCACGCUGGUCCAUCGCAACCGCUGCUCUGUCUCACGGUUCUCCUCAACUCUGCUCAUCAGCUUCUGUCUCGCGGUGCUUUUCCUCCAUUGUCGUUGCUUCUGUCUCCCACGGUCACGAAGCACGUUUGUUUGAACGGUUGAGAUUUGUUGCUGAAUGGGUUGCUGAAAUGAGAUUUGUUGCUGAAAUUGUUGGCUGAAGUGGAUAUCUCUCUCCCACGGUCUCACAUAUCUCUUUGAAUAACUGUUCUGUUGCUGAGAUUAGUGUGUAUUUGUGGUCAGUAUGGGAGAAAAGCAGCCGUUGAUUGGGCUCUCAUGGGAGCCAAAGUUGCCGCCUUUGUCAUCUUCGAGUAAAAUUAGUAACACCAAGUCCCAAGUCCGACCUGAGAGUAGCGGACUUUGGAAACCGAAUUCGGAGCUUAUUGACGGGCUAUUUGUGCCGCCCAACGAUCCUAGAAAGGUUAACAAGCUACAGAGAAGUCAAGCCAAAGAUACACUUGGGAAAAAUUGGUUUGAUAUGCCUGCCCCUACUAUGACGCCUGAAUUGAAAAAAGAUCUCCAGCUACUUAAGCUGAGGGGUGCUCUUGAUCCAAAGAGACACUACAAGAAGGGUGAUUCUAAAUCAAAAACGCUGCCCAAGUAUUUCCAAGUUGGCACAGUUGUAGAGUCAUCAACAGAUUUCUUCUCUGGUAGGCUAACUAAAAAAGAGAGGAAGGCAACCAUUGCUGAUGAGGUGCUGUCUGAUCGUACUCUCACAGCUUACCGGAAGCGUAAAGUUCGAGAGAUAGAAGAACAAAACCGUCCUGCUGGAAAUGAGAAGUGGAAGAUAAAGGGUCGACAGUCUAGGAAGCGAGCCAAAGAAAGAAGGCACUAGAACUUUUUGCUGCACAGAGCAAUGGUUUUACUUCUUUAGGGUAAAACAGGAUGCAUGGAGAUGCUCUAGCAACCACAGGUCAGGGAAAGAGAGAGAGAAAUUUGUUGUUCAACUGCAUUUUUAUAUAUAAUCUAUAACCAGGACUAUGGUAUCAACAUUAAAAAUUGUUUAGCAGUUAUUGCUAUGGUAGUCAUCAUUAUGAUAAACAAGACAAUUCUGAUCAAUCAAAUUCUCUGGCUCUCUCUCUCAAAA